AAAAUCCAGAACAAUCUUUAAGUCUGUUUCACCCAAAAAAAUACACUACGUACCCAAAUCAAGGCAAUUGCUUUCUCGAUUGCAUUGAUCAAAAAACGAUAUUUCCACUCAACUAACAUGAGUCAAGCGGGUAAUGAAGUUAAGCAGGCUACCAAGAUUCGUGCAAAGACCAUUGGCAAAAAGUUCAACAAUGGUACCGAGAAAAUCAAAUCCUUGUACUCUUUCGCUCGCAUUUACAAGGUGCCCGAAGAUCUUCGAAAGCUGAACGAAUGCGCCUACGUCCCUCGCCUCAUUGCUAUCGGUCCUCUUCACCGGAAGGGCAAACACAUCCGUAAACCUAUGCAAGACGUCAAAAUGGAUUAUGCCAAUCGCUUGUUUCUUCGACUGACCAAAGGAAUAGCGGAACCGGAAAUUAGGGAUGAGAAAAAAGACGAGUUGUUACAAGAAUUUGUGGAAAAAAUGAAGUGCACAGUCAAGGCCGAGAAAUAUAACACCGAAGAAGAAGUCACCCUGGUGGACAUGGCCAAGAAAUACUACGGAGAAGACUUGAAGCUGAAUGACGACGAUAUGGUGGAAAUGAUGUUGGUCGAUGGUUGCUUCAUCCUCGAACUUCUCUACGCCGACUACCAUACCAAUUAUUGUCAGGUUCGUAAGAACUCGAGUAGCAUUCCGCAGCCUAUUAAUGGAGGAAAGGGUGGCAGCAAAAGCAACCGCAGGGGCUGCGAACAACCAAGGGCAGAUCCAAUUUACGAUAGCAUUUUGACAGCCAACAUCGUCAGACACGACUUGAUGCUUCUGGAGAACCAAAUUCCUUUCUUUGUGCUAGAGCAUUUGUUCCAACUCACAGUGGCUAAGAUCCCCACCGUGGAUCAGACCACGAGGAGUUGCCCUGAGUUGUCGCUGGAAGGUUAUGUUCGUUCAUACUUUUCGAAGUUUCUGAGUCUCGAAGGAGAACAAUCUAGUGGUAGCAAGCCGGAAACUAGUUGUUGUUUGUCUAGCGAUCACUGUAUCCUCUCGGUUUGUGGUUCUACAAAAGAACAACAGGGAAAGACAGAGUCAGGGAAAGCUAAUGAAUACUAUCAUAUUCUACACUUAAUACACAGUAGUUACAUUCCUGGCCAAAUUCUACACUCAAUACACAGUGGUUACAUUCCUGGUGAAGAAGAAGAAGAAACCGAACCUGAAAUCCAACUAAAUUCCAAAAAGCAUUGCGAAUUAACGCUCUCUGCAUCGGACCUCCACUACGCAGGAGUCAGGUUCGUACCCACUAAGGAGCUAUUCGACAUCAAGUUCAUCAAUAAAGGCACAGGCUGUUGGCAGUGUCGUACUCUCGCGUUUCAAAUCCCGACCAUCUCUAUACGCAAGACCACAGAGUCGUUCCUCCGAAACGUCAUUGCCUUGGAACAGUGUUCCCCGAGGUUCCGCGAUACUUCACGUCCUAUGCGAAGCUCAUGGAUGUGUUCAUCAACUCCGAGGAAGACGUCCGAGUGCUUAAAAAGGACAGAGUCAUACACAAUUACUUGAGCACGGACGAGGAUGUCCGUGAUCUAUUUAACAAGCUGUGCAAGGAAGUUGUACUGGGGAACUUCCAUUUCGAUAAGGAUUGCCGAAAGGCAUCCAAGUUUAAUAUGCGUUGGCGGACGAGGGCUGUGAGAUACGUGACGCGUCUGUUCGUUGCUUCUCCCUGGCCGACCCUCGCUUUCUUCAUGGGCAUUGUCACUUUUGCGAUAGCGGUUUAUCAAUUUGGUUACUCGAUUCGAGCGCGGGUUCGUCGAUGAUCAUUAACAUUGUCCGUGUUUCAGUUUCAACUAGAACUGCUACAAACAUCGCGUAUCAGAAUUAUUAAAAUCUGAAUUGCAGCUCCUUCGGAUGUUUUUUUUUUUUUCCUUCUGUUAUGGGUUAGCUACGGCAUGUUUGUCUGCUUUCCCCUUUUUUGAUGUACCCUAUCGAGCCUAAUAAAAAUGUUAUUUAUGUUUCAA